ACAAGACAUAGACAUACACGUCCGUUACUAUAUGGUUGGGGGCCGCACAGAAUAGUAUUGAGGAACGCAUGUGGCCCCUGGGCACCAGGCUGUGCACCCCUGCUCUAAGUCUAUGCAGAGGAUUUAGAGCUUUGUAUCUGCCACAAGAUGUUAUCAGCAAAUCCUGUAAGUUUCUCGGUUCAGCCUCCUCGGAUCCCGCAGAUGGCGAAGAGAUUGAGAUCCAGUGAAUCUGGGGAUAAGUCAUCACCUUGAUCUCUGUCAUGUUUCUCAUUCCUGGACAGUAUUUGCAGUGUGGGCCUUCGUCACUGAAAGAGGCCACUGCUAUUGGCCGCUGCCAUGAAGGAGGGGUUCUUGUCUGUGCAAUGGUUAGGUAGGUGGUUCAUAUCAUCCACAUGCCAGGACUCAAAGUUUCUGGGGCAAGCUGUGAUGUCCCCUGUGUCCUGACACCUUUCUAUCACAGAAAGCAGGAAAGUUGUCAGCGAUUUGUGCAGUAAAUUUAGGGACUGGACCAGACAGGCAAGCCUUCAUUCCCCCCACACAUCAAUGAGCCGUGGCUGCCCAUGACCCUGUAACAGGUUGUCCUUUCUUGGACCACUUUUGGUAGGUACUAACUCCUGCAUAUGGGGAACAGCCCACAAGGCCAGCCAUGGAGAUCCUUAGACAAUAUUCUCCCCUCAAAUGUUUUGAGGUCGCUGCUUCUAUAAAUUUGUUUUUCAUCCUCGUCCUCCAUUCAUUUUGCCAUCUGAACCCUGAUGAGAUGAUGGCUGGGAGCUGUCACAUGAGAGACGUCUUCGAAUGCAGAGAGGUUACCAGCCUUGUGACAUCUUCCGUUCCUCUCCCUUGUCACGGUCUAUUUAUAUCGCAGCUUUGGCUCCGAGAGGCUUCCAUAUCUGGAGCAAGAGAGGAAAAGGCAGAUCCAACAGGCCCCAAAUGAAGCGACACCCGCAGCAGAGGUACAUGAGGAGUAAUGCAGCAGAGGUACAUGAGGAGUAAUGCAGCAGAGUUCACGACUUCGGAUCAUCUCAGCCUAGAAGUAAUUUUGAGCUGGUUGAAAUCUUUACCUUUCGAAACGUAACUAUUGUCCGACUCCACCAUUUCUAAUCAUGGAGAUGGACUUUGAUAUCAGAAGCAAACACCAACAUAGCAAUAAACUAUUGGAACAUAUCAACAGGAUGCGUGCUUCAGCGGAGCUCAUUGACAUAGUCCUGGUUGCUGAGGGACAGAAAUUUCCAUGUCAUCGGGUGGUGUUGGCAUCAUUUAGUCCAUAUUUUAAGGCCAUGUUCACAUGUGGUUUGGUGGAAUGUAACCAAACGGAAGUGACUCUCCAUGACAUCACUGCUGAAAGUGUCUCAAUCAUCUUGGAAUACAUGUACACGUCACAACUCUCUAUCAACAACCAAACCGUCCAAGGAGUGGCCACCGCUGCCUAUUUCAUGCAGGUGGAUGAUGUCUUCAAGAUGUGCCAGGCUUACAUGAUGGACCAUAUGGAUGCAUCAAACUGCAUUGGGAUCUUCUACUUUGCCAAGCAAAUAAGUGCAGAUGACUUAGAAGAAAGGUCCAAGAAAUACUUACAUCAACACUUUAGUGAGGUUGGCCUCCAUGAGGAGAUACUAGAAGUUGAUUUUCAGCAGUUGAUGGCAAUGAUCAUGUCCGAUGACCUCAAUGUUUCUCGAGAAGAGAGCAUCCUAGACCUAGUUCUAAGAUGGGUGAACUAUGACAAGAAUUUAAGAUCCCAACACCUUACUGAUCUCUUGAAACAAGUCAGAUUACUUCUUGUGAGCCCAUCUUUCCUUCGAGAAGCUAGGAAGAGGAACACCAUCCUCUUGUGUAAUGCCCAGUGCUACGACAUGGUUGAACAGGCCCUAGAAACCAUUGAGAAAUCUACUCAAGUCUCUCUAAGUCUCCGUUAUGGAAUGGAGACCACAAGUCUUCUCCUCUGUCUUGGCAAUAACGCCUCAGGCAUCAGGUCAAAAUAUGGAAGUUAUGGAGAUGCCAGUUUCUGCUAUGCUCCUGCAACACGGAAAAUGUGUUAUAUGCCAUCUCCAAAACAAGGAGAGGUGCUGGGCUCGGUGUUGACGGGUGUGGUGACCGAAAACAAUGAUAUAAUAUUGGCUGGUGAAGCAACGGCUGUGAGGUUGUCCAGGCAAAAGAAUAGUUGUAUAGAGAUCUGCAGGUACCACAACCGAGGCAACUACUGCUGGGAAAAGCUUUGCACCGCCGAGCACCGGGAGCUGUAUGCUUUGGGCAGUGUUCAAAAUGAACUCUACCUGAUUGGUGGUCAAAUGAAGCUGAAAAACCAAUAUGUCGUUACCAACUGUGUGGAAAAAUACCUGGCAGAUAAGGACACCUGGAGGAGCGUGGCACCGCUACCCCUUCCGUUGGCUUGCCAUAAAGUGGUUUCUCUCAACAAUAAGCUCUAUGUGAUGGGUGGAUGGACACCACAGAUGGAUCGCCCUGAUGAUGAACUCGAUCGAUUGAGUAACCGAAUGUUGCAGUACGACCCCGUCACUGAUAAAUGGAAACCGCUGGCGCCAAUGAACUAUUCCAAGUAUCGAUUCAGCGUCGCUGUGGUUAAUGGUGAAAUCUUUGUCUUGGGUGGCAUCGGCUGCUUUGGACCCGACAAAGGACAGGCCCGAAAGUGUCUUGAUGCGGUGGAGAUUUAUAACGUGGAUGGGGAUUUCUGGAGAGAAGGUCCGGCUAUGCCUUACCCGCUCCUCGCCCUGAGAAGUAACGGCAGCAGUGCCGGAGCCGUGGAUGGGAAGCUGUAUGUUUGCGGAGGGUUUCGUGGAGGAGAUCGACACGAGGUGAUCACAAAGGAGAUUCUGGAGCUUGACCCAUGGGAAAACCAAUGGAACACAGUCUGCACCCGGGCCCCCAUGCACGAUUCCUAUGAUGUCUGUCUGGUUGCGACACUGAACCCCCGAGACCUGCUCCCUCCUCCACGGGACCUACUGGAGAGAGAUGUGGAUAUCAUUCUUCAGAAGUCGAGAUGGUCCCCAUUGUCUUCAGCUCUCGGACAACGCCUUAUUUAUUCAAGUUGGAAGCAAAGCACAAAGGGUUUGCCUAUCUAAGAGGACUCUCCUCACUGAUGUGUCAUAUAUGACGUAUUCUGCACUGCUGUUAUUGUGAAGCCAUUACAAUUUGGCGCUAGUACCCUAGAUGUUUUCAUUAGGCCUCAUGCACACGACCGUUUGUUUUUUUUUAAGGUCCGCAAAAACGGGGUCCGUAGGUCCGUGAUCCGUGACCGU